AUGAGCGGUCCGCUUGAGAACAUGAAGUAUAUGAAGGAGGCGAAUUGCGAGGCCGAGAUGAAGCAGAGGAUGCAGUCGCAGGAGCUCUGGCGCCGGCUCGAUCUGUACAGGCUUGCCCUGCUAUCAUCGAGGUCGAGAGAAACAACGGCAGACGGCGGGGCGACGGAGAGGAAGCUGGCCCUGGGGCUCCUGAAGGACGUGGAGCCGCGGCUUCUUUUUCUCGCAGUGGAUUUUAGCUACGGGCAGGCGGGGGACGAGGUGAAACGCAGGGCGGUGGAGACGGCGCUACUCUCCGUGUUUGGAUCUACGGUCGGUCCAGAGAUAUAUCAGCAGAAUGGCACGGAGCUCGUGGCCUUUUUCCUGGCGGGGUUGUGUCACCCGGCCGCCGGCGUCAGGACUCUCACCGCCACAGCCAUGGGCGCGCUCGGUCUUGGCAGCAGCAGCAGCAGCAGCAGCACCGGGGAGGGGCAAUCGGAGGAGGAGGGGCGAGAACGCGCCGAGCGUUGCCGAACACUUCUGCAGCCUCCCCUGCUACCGGCGCUCGUGGCUGCGCUCGGAGACGGCGACACCGGCGCGUCGCAGCAAGUAGCUGACACGCUGGUGGCUCUGUGUGAGGAGGCAGACGGCCGCGCUGCCGUUACUCCGACGACCGGUGGCAGGGCAACCGGCUGCCGCCGGGCAGUGAUGGGAGCCCUCGCGUCGCAGAUCGGCGAGGUGGUCGCCGGGCUGACCGCCCGGCAGGCGGCGACGCCAAAGCUUCGUUUCGCUGAUAUCGCAACCAGGUUGAUGUCGGCCUCCGACUCGGCGUUUGCGGCGGCUGUGGAUGCGGGCGCUCUGUCCCUGGUGACCGACCUGACGGAGGACGCCUCUGACGUGCUUCUUCAGCUAAACGCGCUGGAUCUCCUCGACCAGGUGGCCUCGACGGCCGGCGGCGCGCUCCACCUCGUCGCGAACGGGCACCUGGACAGGCUUCUCGUGUCGGCGGGGGGAGGGGAGGGUGACAGUCCCGAGGCCCCGGACCCGUUGCUCGGUGCGAGCGCGCUCCGAACGCUGGCGAAGGUUCUGGCCCGGGCCGCGGAUGCUGGUUUGGACGCAUGGCAGCAGCGUAGCCCUUCGUCCCUCGGAGGCUUUCUCCGCGCUUGCACCGUCCAUAUCGAGGGGCAAGACGAGGCCGGCAAGGUAACAGCUGGCCGGUCUGGGGGCGGCAUCCGAGGUGGCGGCCGCGUCGGACGUGGCCCUGCGGGCGAUGCUCUCCCAGGAGCGCGGUUCGGAAGGCGUGCUAGAUGCUUGGUUGACGCUGUCGGCACAUAAGGUAGGGGGCGUGGUGUUCUCUCUCAAUCGCUGCCGCCAAGCACCACCGCGACACCACGAGCACUCUGGCUCAUCUCGACGACCACGUUUUGGAGAAGAUGGGAUCGGUCUUGCAGUGACAAACGCGCCUCUACCUGUGGAAUCGGACUUUUGAUGGGGGCGAUAUUCGAUCUACGACCCUAUAUCAGAAUGGCUAUCCUUCAACGAAAUUUUCCGGGGACUAUGUGCAGGAAGGCUCUCAAGAUUUUGUUGCUUAAGGCUGACUGCUGCUAGUAGGCUUGACGUGUGCGGUACAGCAGCCCGGUGGUGUUACCGUCGUUGUGUUCAUUUUUCGCGCUUGGUUUCGGAGGGUGAAAAAGACUUGCCUGUAGGGGCGUUUUUGACUCUCACUUGCGGUCGAAGAGAGCAGCGGAUGCUGCGGAGCGGACACAGGGACACAAGCCAACGCAGCUUCGUGUACGUUUCCAAGUGCGAACUAAAGUAUAGCCCUGCCCUCCCACGGCCGUAACGCUCAAAACACGACCUCGCUUAUUGUGCUUGGGCAAAAGCCGCGAUCCGGCCGCUGCUGCGGGGAGAAACGUGGUUCAGCAUUGGGGUCAGUCUUGACGCGACAGCGGUAGGACGCGUACCGCUGCCGCUUUGUGUCGAGCGGAACGUACAACUGGCUCAAGUCGGAGACUUAACAGUACGGCUUCGUCUGGGAAGGGCAACGCGGACACGGAUUAUCUCAAUGGGACGUGCAAAUACUCGUCAUCAGGCAGCCAUUUCCUCCUAAAUGUUGAGAACCCGGUUCAGGAGGUUGCGUGAGUGAUUCUUUGUGCACUACUCGAAGGCCAAAAGGCACGAAAAAUACACGGCGACCGCAAAGCCCGGAAUGACUUCUCCCCUGCGCGCCCCCCGUCGCCCCCUAUCAACCAUGGCGGUACCCUGUUGACCAUGCUCGCAUUCACCCGGUCUGCCGUGCACCACGACGACAACGCGACUACGUUAAGGUUGAGGUGAAAGCGGCCGCCCUUCAUGCCGUCGCAUCGGUCCUCGGACCUCCGAACACCUCCUCAACGGCAUCGUCGUCUACGACGACUACCGCUGCCGCCGCCUCCGCCGGUAACGAUGAAGACGGGGACCAGGUGAUGGGUAACACAGCGGCAGCAGAGGCAGCCAAGGAGAGCAGCACGCUCUGCUUGAUGCUC